UUUAAUUUAAUGACAGUAGACAGGGCGCCAAAAAUUGGCGGAUCACGUUGGCAAACCAUGACGUUUUUAGGGUUUAGCAGCUGAUAAUUAGGGUUUUACCGCCCAUCCAAUUCAAGAAGAGUGUUACAAUGUCUGAAGCAGAAGCAGAGGCAGGUUCCAUGGCUUUUGUGGUUGCUUCCCUAUCCAAAAGCUUCUAUCAGGUGCCUCUGCCUGCGGUUCCUCCAAUGCUGGAUUGCAUUAUGGUGUCUACUGGUUUGUCUCCCUUGUCACUCUUCGCUUCCCUUCUCAAUGAUUUCCCUCGAACUCUCAAGGAUCUUAUCAACGAAGGUGAUGAUCUUGAUGCUGAUAAACGCUCCUACCUUGUGUCGCUGGUGGGCGCGUUUUGCCAUCUUUUGAAGAAAACGGGGACUGGUUGUGAUGCUGUAGGAUUGUUUGUGCGGAGAUGUUUUCUUCCUUUAGCUAAGGUGCUACGACCCUUGCAGCAUGACUUACUUAAUCAGAUCACAGAAUCGUUAAUCGGCGUAGUGAUUGAAACUUGCACGUGGGAAAUUCUUGAAGAAAAUUUGGUGCCAAUUUUCUUAAAAUCAGUUGGUCUUUCCAUGGGUAUGCUUCAUAAUGAUGAUUUGGACUUUUAUGAAUGGAGUACCGAUUCAUCUCAUCAAGACUUGAAUGAUGUCAUGAUUGAUCCACUGAUGGAUAAGGAGGUGUUUCUGUGUCGGUCAAAUAGUUUCGAAUUGUCAACAUCAUGCAAUGUUCUGUCUGUAAUUCUGGAAGCUGCCCUUCAGUAUAUGCUAACAGAUACAAUCUCUAAAUCAGUGGAAAGAAAAGGGUGCAUUGAGGAUAAUUUUUUUCAAGUUUUGAUUUGGGAACUAUGCAAUUUGAUUGAACGGAUGCUUUUACAUAGUCCCGAGCACAGGUCUUGUGCAGUGGGCCUGCUGCUUCCUAUCAUUGUUAAAGCAUUACCUGCCAUUUACUCAUUUGAAAUCUCAAUUCAUGGGCAGAGACAUGAGUUUUCUCGGGACUAUUUCUUCAUCAAAAUAUGGAGCUGCUGCAGAACACUGUUUUCAAUUGGACCUUUAGAGAGAAGAGAGGCAUAUAAUAUUCUAUCAUUGUAUUUCUCUUUUUCCUGGUCCAUAGAAGAAUGUGAACGUGAUGAUCGUGAUACAGUCGUUAUAACUGAAGAAUUUGACAUAAGAGCAGAAAAAGAAUUCUGGAAUGAAAUAAAAAUAGGGCUGGUUGACAAGGAGAGUAUAGUGAGGAAACAGAGUUUACAUGUAUUGAAGAUGGCUCUCAAUAUACAAGGAGGAACAAAUUCUGUGCCUAGCAUUUCAAAAAAGAAUACAAAUGAAAAACAUCAUGGUGUGACAAAGAGGGAAAAAUGGGCUUACAAGGAAGCCAAGUCACUUGGCGUUGGUAACCUUUUGAUGAUACACGACCUGAUUAUUAACAACAAGCAGUAUUGGGACGCAUUUGUGCUUUUGUAUGAAAUGCUCGAAGAAUAUGGUACUCAUUUAGUUGAAGCAGCCUGGAAUCAUCAGGUGUCUUUGUUGCUUCAAUUCUCGGGAUCAUACCUCAAUGUUGGAAGCAAUUUCAGUAAAAUUCAAUUUCAAUUUGAAAUGUCUGGCGAGCCUUUUGAUUGGCUAUCUAUUUUGUGGGAUCGAGGCCUUCAUCAUGACAAUCCUCAAGUGAGGUGCCUGAUCAUGCAGUCUUUUCUUGACAUCGAUUGGGAGAAUUAUGGGAAAUACAUAAAAUCAGUGCCUGAAAAUUUUAUUCUUGGUCCAUUUAUUCAAGGGCUAAAUGACCCAAUACACCAUAAAGAGUUUGGUGUAAAAGGAGUUUAUAUGUCCACGGUGAUUGAAGGUGCAGCCAAAUUUCUCUGCCAUUAUGUUAGUUUUCUAGCUCCAAGGAAACGCGUUGCAUUUUUGUACAAUUUGGCAUCUACUGCUAAACAUCAAUCUUUUGGACGAGCUGGACUUAUGGGCCUUGCUGACUGCAUUGCUUCAGUUGCUUCUGCCAUUGGAACAGUUAAUCAUGUCAGCACAGAAUCAUUUAAAGGAACAUUUUCUGUGGAGUUUGUUUCCGAAAUGGAAAAUCAAUACAGUGAAAAAAUAGAAUUACUUGAUAUCUUUAGAUAUGUUGUCGAGAGCAGCAAGCAACAUUUUAAUCCCAGUUACCGUCUUCAAGUUUGUGGCAAAAUUCUGGAGGCUGCUGUUUGUGUGGUGUGCGCAUUUGAUAUUCCACUUGAAAUUCUUUUGCUUUUCAUUUCAGCAUUGCCAAAGGAGUUUACGGAUUAUGGUGGCCAGUUAAGGGUGCCUUCGCAAAGAUGGCUUUCAGGUUGUGGUUACAAGGAUAGGUGUGCCAAUUGCUGUAAUAAUGAGAUAAAGCUGUGGAAUAGUCUUUAUGACUUCCCACAGAGGUUUGUCAGCAAUGAUCUUCCAUUUGAUGUUUCUUUUACUUAUGACGAUGAAGACUUGAGUGCAUGGGAGUCUGAAGCGAAUAGAUGGGCAAAAAUGCUUUUCCUUUCUACUGAGCAUGGCCAUCUCCUGGAACCUAUUUUAGUGUUUAUUCGAAAUAACGGUACAAAUAUCUUGAAACAAAACCAUGAUACGAGAUACAUAGUAGUCAAAUUCAUGAUUCUUGUCUUGAGCUUAGUUAUGGAGCUUCGCAGAGCAAAGGAAAGAGCAGUUGAAUAUAUUGCUAAAGCCGGAGCAAAUGUAGAGAAGCCCUUGCCUGGUGUAGUUGAUCAUCUGGGUUUCAUUGAUGAAAUCUCUGAGAAGCUUUCUGAUGAAUUUAUAUAUUUAUUGGAUGAUCUGGUUCAGUUUGCCAAGCAAUCUUGUUCUGUUUUCUGGUCUGAUGUUUUUACCGAGGACACCACCCUGCCUGGUGCUGUGAGAGGAAAACUUGGAGGCCCUAGUCAACGAAGGUUGUCAAUUUCUGCUACCACUGUUGUGUUGCAGGCAAUCAUGUCAGUAAAGGCUAUAUCAUUAAUCUUCUUGUGGUGUAACCAAAUCAAAAGACAUGCUUCACAUAGUUCUGCUUUUGCAUUUAUGUGGCAAUUCUUCUGGAGGACUACUAGGUGUUCACCUUCUUGCUCAGAGAUGGGAGCAGAAAUUUCUCUUGCAGCAUAUGAAGCAUUGGUUUCUAUUCUCAGGGUUUUUGCUUCAACAUUCUUUCCUCGUUAUCUUUAUGUGGUUGAGGAAAGUGAGGAAAUGUUUUCAGAGGCAGAAGGAAGGCCUCGGUUGGAUUUUAUGUGUCUGUCUUUCAUUCAAAAUAUUAAUAAUCUCCUAGGGUCAGGAGUUUUGGCUAGAACUCGAAGAGCUGUUUUGUUGGAUAUUAAGUGGGCCUGCCUGGAAUCCUUGUUGUCAAUUCCUUCGUAUGCUCUAGAGAAUGGGUUUAAUUUGGAGGAAAACCACGCAUUGUUCUCAGAUGACACUCUAAAAUGCAUUUUUGGUGAUCUUGUCGAGAGUCUUGAAAAUGCUGGAGAAAGUUGUGUGCUACCCAUGCUGAGAUCAGUCAGAAUGUUAUUUGAGCUGGUUGCUAAAGUGACGUCAAAAACAGUUGUUUCCCGUUGUCACUUAAUCGACACCCAGAUGAUGUGGAAUUUGGUUCGGUCCUCUUGGAUAUUGCAUGUAAGUUGCAAUAAGCGAAGGGUAGCAUCAAUUGCUGCUCUGUUGUCAUCUAUUAUGCAUCCUUUGGUAUUUAAUGAUGAGAGCAUGCACGAAACAGACAAUGCACCUGGACCCCUGAAGUGGUUUAUUGAAAAUCUUCUAAAGGAGGGCACAAAGAGUCCUCGUACAAUUCGUCUUGCAGCUUUGCACUUGACAGGAUUAUGGUUCUUAAAUCCUAGGAUUAUAAAGUUUUAUCUAAAAGAACUCAAGUUGCUAUCUCUGUAUGGAUCAGUUGCAUUUGAUGAGGAUUUUGAAGCUGAACUUUCUGACAACAGUGAUGCUAGACUGGAAGUCUCUAUACUGGCCAGUAGUCCUGAUCCUGAGCUUACUGAAGCAUUUAUUAAUACAGAGUUGUAUGCACGUGUAUCAGUCGCUGUUCUGUUUUACAAGUUGGCAGACUUGGCCAGGAUGGCGGGAUCCCGAAAUGAAGAUGCAGACUGUAUUGCAGCACAAGCAUCUGGCAAAUCAUUUCUGUUAGAGCUUCUUGAUUCUGUGGUGAAUGAUAAGGAUCUUUCAAAGGAGUUAUACAAAAAGUAUAGUGCUAUUCAUAGACGUAAAAUACGUGCCUGGCAAAUAAUAUGUGUAUUGUCACCAUUUGUUGAGGAAGAUAUAGUUGGGAAAGUUGUAGAAUACUUAUACACAUCUCUGAAUAGAAAUAACUUACCUGCUGUUCGUCAAUACUUAGAGACAUUUGCAAUUAACAUUUACUUGAAGUUUCCAUAUCUUGUUAAAAAGCGAUUGGUCCCCAUAUUGCGGGACUAUGACAUGAGGCAGCAGGCACUAUCUUCAUAUGUAUUCAUAGCAGCUAAUGUCAUUCUCAAUUCAUCGAAAGAUGUUCAAUCUAGUCAUUUGGAUGAAUUAUUUCCACCUCUUGUUCCAUUGCUAACAUCACAUCAUCACAGCUUACGUGGUUUUGCACAGUUACUCGUAUAUCAAAUUCUUCAUAAAUUGUUUCCAUUUUUGAAUUAUGAACCUUCUGGCAUGGUACCUUUAGAGAAGAGGUGCUUUGCAGAUUUGAAGAGAUACCUUGCAGGAAAUUCUGAUUGUGCACGCUUACGAACAUCAAUGGAAGGAUAUCUUGAUGCUUAUGACCCGAAUAACUCUGUCACACCUGCUGGAAUUUUCAUUAACCGAGUUGAGGAGGAUGAUUUUGAAUGUGUUCCAACAUCUCUCAUGGAGCAGGUGCUCAAAUUUUUAAAUGAUGCUAGAGAAGACCUACGAUGUUCAAUGGCAAAGGAUGUGGUUACGAUCAGGAAUGAGACUCUGAAUUUCAGUGGGUAUACGAAUAGCACAGAAAAUUUAUCUGGUUUCAUUGAAGGAACCAUUCCUGUAGACAUUUCUUCAGAUUUCCAGAAAAAGGUUACUUUUGCCAAACAUGACAAUGGGGUCCUUUAUGGAAAUGAUGAAACCUUCAAAAAAAUGUCUGUUUUGUAUUUACCAUCAUUUAAUUUCAAGAUUGCCAUGGCAGAGAUAGAAAGGGAUGAUCUCCUUCUCGACCAAUUGUUGCAAUCAAGAAGAUCAUCUCUAGAGCAACAAAAAGCUAGUCGACAGAAUUUUAUUCUUGUUGCAUCUUUUCUGGACCGCAUACCCAAUCUUGCUGGUUUGGCUCGAACAUGUGAAGUAUUUAGAGCAUCAGGGCUGGCCAUUUCUGAUUCCAAAGUGAUGAAUGACAAACAAUUCCAACUGAUCAGUGUGACAGCUGAAAAGUGGGUUCCUAUAAUAGAAGUCCCAGUAGACAGCAUAAAGGUUUACUUGCAGAAAAAAAAGAGGGAAGGAUUUUCCAUCUUAGGUUUGGAACAAACUGCAAACAGUGUACCCCUUGAUCAGUAUAUCUUUCCAAAAAAAAUGGUCCUGGUUCUCGGCCGAGAGAAAGAAGGUAUACCUGUGGAUGUAAUUCAUAUUUUGGAUGCUUGCAUCGAAAUUCCGCAAUUUGGAGUUGUUAGAUCUCUCAAUGUUCAUGUCAGUGGUGCAAUUGCUCUCUGGGAGUAUACUCGACAGCAGAGAUCUCAAUAGCCCGUGACUGGGAGACUAAUUUUGCAAGCCAAUUACGUUGUACUACACUUGUAAAAUAAGUUAAACUAUAGGAAUUUCCUUUUGUUGUAAACUAGUUUGUUUUGGUUUUGUUACUCUACAAACGUGCAAGAGUUAUAUAUAGGAGAGAGGUUUUUCGAGGUUAGGGUUUUGCUCUUUAAAUUAUUUACUUGAAGAGUGGUCAAGCGCCACAAAGGGGACUAUCAAAGCAAGUGGUUAUAGUACGAGGUUUAUAUUUCCAAUAACUUUGAGGCUUUUUGUUAACUUUUA